AUGUCUGAGCCACCUGCAAGUGACCGCACUCUCAACAACCAGACUCUAAAUCAGGUAUAUGCUACGCUCACCAAAAACACCUCCCAACAACCGGAAUUCAUCCCCCAGAUCUUUUAUGCGCUCCACCAAUUUAAGGAGGAUUCCAAGAGCGGUGGCAACUCCCUUGAAACAGCAACCUCAAGCAUCAGACAUCGCAUAAAACUGUGCAAAAGCUACCUCAGAGAAGACCCUCACUGCAUCGAACUGCUCUCCAGACCUUACGAAGAUUGGCCUCAGGUCGUCGAGCAGAAGCAGCAGGAGAUAGAAACCAAAAAGCUCGUUCACAAACAGCUCGGUGAACGCAUUAGAGCCAUGAUACGAUGA